AUGUCUAAAACAUUUCAAAAGUUAUCUGUGAUUAAGAAAACAUCCAAUUUUCGAGAAGCUGUCAAAGUGGUGUCUGUCCCUCUGGUAGCACCGGGUGAUGAUCAGGUGCUCAUCAAGAAUAUCUACGCCGGUGUUAACGCCACUGAUGUGAACGUAACUGCUUCCAGAUAUAACCCAAACGCAGAGUUGCCUUUCGAUGUGGGACUAGAAGGUCUGGGUGUUAUCGAAGCAGUUGGCAAGAAUGUAACCACUCAUAAAGUAGGACAGAAUGUAAUGACAUUUGAUGUCAAUCUUGGUGUCAAUCCUCCCAGGGCUUAUUCAGAAUAUUUGUAUGUAAAACCAGAAGAAGUGAUACCAAUUCCGAGUCUUAAACCAGAAUUUCUUGGAUUAUUAAUCGCGGGUUUAACAGCAGCUAUUGGAUUGGAUGAGGUAUUAAUUACUUUGGGUCGCAUUCAAAAAGGAGAUAAAGUGUUGAUUACAGCUUCUGCAGGAGGAACGGGACAUAUUGGCAUCCAAUGGGCUAAACAAAAGGGCGCUUAUGUUAUUGGGUUGACUUCAUCUGAAGAUAAGGCAAAACUGUUGAAAGAGUUGGGAACCGAUCGAGUGAUCAAUUAUAAGACCGAGAAUUUGGAUGAAGUGCUCACUAAAGAGUUUCCGAAUGGAGUGGACGUUGUUUGGGAGACAAUUGGUGGACAAGUAUUUGAAACUCUAUUAAAUCAUUUGGUACCAAAGGGUAGAUUAAUAAUUGUUGGCUCUAUUAGUGGAUAUAAGUCUGAAAGAAUAACAUCGCCUACCAUUGAAAACCUUAACUUUAAAGUUGGCUCUAAGACUCUAUCAGGGUUUUGUCUACCCGACUACAAGGAUUUAUACGCCAAAUAUUUGAAACAAUUGAUUGGAGACGUUGUGAACAAUAAACUGCGAGUUGUGUUAGAUUUGGGACAAAACACAAGUGAAGGAGAAUUCACUGGAAUUGAUUCAGUCGUCAGAGGGGUUGAG